AUGUUCUGUGUAGCAACGGCAUGCCUGCUAUGGGCUGCGCUGGCGAGCUGCUUCACCUUCACGGUCAACACGACCAACGGCCUCAUCACCGGCCAUCGAGCCAGAGCAGCGUCAGGCGUCAAAGAGUUCCUUGGGAUUCCUUAUGCUCAGCCUCCUGUCGACAAGCUGCGAUUCAUGCCGCCGCGGCGAUACGUUGGCGACAAGCCGUACGUCGCCUCUGCCUUUCUGGUCGCUUUUCCUGGCGCGACGCCCAACUACGCCAGGAUCCUGACAGCGUUUAUGGGCAGCGGAGGUAACGCUCACAGUGAAGACUGCCUGACGCUGAACAUCUGGACGAAGGGCACGGCGGGCCGGAAGAGGCCUGUGUUGGUCUUUUUCUACGGAGGACGAUUCACGAUCGGAGACACCAACACGCCCUUUUUCGACGGCCAGUUCUUCUCAGACGCAGAGGACGUUGUGGUGGUCACGGUCAACUAUCGAGUUGGCAUCUUUGGCUUCCCUGGCGCCCCUGGUCAGCGCCAGAACCUGGGCCUGCGGGACCAGCGGCUUGCCAUCGAGUGGCUUCGUGACAAUGUCAAGGCCUUUGGCGGAGAUCCAGAACGAAUCACCAUCUUUGGCCAGUCUUCUGGUGCCCUUGCUGUCGAUGCGUAUUCCUAUGCAUAUCGGCAUGAUCCAAUCGUGUCUGGCCUCAUAGCCCAUUCCGGUACAAUCUUUAGCUUCCCAUUGAAUUCAAGGGAACUUGCGGCCGGGAACUGGUACAACGCUUCUUCCUUCGUUGGUUGCGGUUCAGAAGGAGAUGUCCUAGCUUGCAUGCAGAGCAAGAGUGUUGACGAGAUCAGAGUAGCUGCUGACAAGGUCCGUCCACCGCCGAAUACGAGCGUUGCGCGCUCCCAGCCUGUGUUCCAGCCUGGUCCCGAUGGAGAACUCGUCUUCGACGAUUAUGAUACGCUGGCGUCUCAGGGGAAAUUCACUCAAGUCCCCAUGAUACUUGGCCACGGAGACCGUGAAUCUUCCUUCUAUAACAUCUCUGCAUGGGCUCGGGGCACCGUCCUCACCGAUGACCAAUGGGCACAGUUCGUUACAGAAGUGUUUGGGUGUCCGACCAUGAAGGAAGCAGACUACAGAACCCAGCACAAGGUUCCCGUGUGGAGAUAUCGCUACUUUGCCGACUGGGAUAACACCCGGCUGUUCCCUAAUAGUGGCGCAUAUCACGGAGUUGACUUACACAUGAUAUUUGGCAACUCUCGAGGUGUCACCGGAGACCCAGAAUCUCCAGAGCAAACCGUGCUGAAGAGGUUUAUGCAAAAGGCCUGGGCCACUUUUGCAGCUAAUCCCUGGACCGGGCUCAAUAACCAUGGAUGGCCUGUCUAUAAGAAGAACGGAUACGAUAACAGCCCCUUCCCAGAGUUCAUCAACCCAGCAGCUUAUGAUGCUAUCUGUCCUACAAUCUAG